AUGGAGUCUCAUCGGUCUGUCCACAUGGACCAGGAGGGACACCAGACCACAGCUGGAAACUGUGCUCCAUGCCCAGAGAGUGGGGGAAUCAGAGGCUUGUUCGAGAUGGAGAAUGCUGGGAUACAGAAAGACGACCAAGAGGAAGCCAAAAGCAACCUGCAAACAACUACCCAUCCUGAGGUCUGCCGCAAUUUUGUCAGCCUGCCUGCUCUUGACCUGGAUAGACUGAGAGAAGCCAGGGUUCUCGUAGACAAAGCUGUCAAGGUGCAUAAGGUGUUCUCUAUCCAGGGCAGGUAUCCUGUCAUCAGGGAAGGGCUGAGGGCUAGAGGCUGGGUUGAGCGGUGUAUGGUCUACUCUAAGCGUCGAGUGCGUCGCCAUCAGAGCAGUAGGGACAGAACCGGCUCGAAUUAUGCUGUGUGUAGUGAUAGAGAUGAUGACAACUCAAAUGAUGCUGAAAAAGAAAAAGAUGCUGACAGACUUCACAAUGUCAUGUCUCGCCUGGUGUGGAAUGAAAUGGUUUACUUCUACUGGACAAACCGCAGAAAGGCCAUCAACACAAAAAACCUGCAUAAGGAACAGAUAACUAAUCAUUUUUCAAAGGCAGGCAACUUGACCACCAAGACAGGCUUGUGUUUGAAUCUGAGGAAACUACACUGGUUUGAUUCGGCUGACCCAGACACCUUCUUCCCCCGCUGUUACAGACUAGCAGCACUGGAUGAGAGGCAUGCCUUCAUUGAUGACUACAGGAGGACUGCGUGCACCAGUCUUCUGAAGUACAUUGUGGAGAAGGACCAAGAUGUUCAGGGAGAGAGAAUAAGUCACACCAUACAAGCUGUUAAGGGUAAGAAGAAACAAAGCAAACAGCAGUCUAGCCCAGUGAAUAUUUCCCAAAUGAUCAACAAGGCACUCAAAGUUUGCGAGGACUUUCUGCAGAGUCUGGAGCACAGUGACAUAGACACUAACUUGGAAACACAGCAAACACCUGCACAGGAGUGGGCAGAGUUUUUAGACAGUUACUAUCUAGUUGUGCAUGGUGGAGCAGAGAUUGAUAGCAGUGAUUAUUUAGUGAUGAACUGCAAGGCUAUGCUGCAGAGGAUGAAGAUAGUCAAUCCCCAGCUGGAGGUAGAAGGCAUCCAUAACAUCUGGAUCAUCAAACCUGGAGCAAAGUCCAGAGGCAGAGGGAUCAAAUGUGCUAAUCGUCUUGAUCAGAUCCUCGACCUGGUGGAGGGUGAUCCAAAACUUAUCAAGGAAAACAAAUGGGUGGUACAGAAGUACCUGGAGCGCCCCUUCCUUAUCCAUGACACCAAGUUUGAUGUGCACCAGUGGUUUCUGGUCACCGACUGGAAUCCUCUGACCGUGUGGUUCUACAAAAAGUGCUACUUACGCUUUUCCACACAGCCUUACACGCUAGAUUCAAUGGACAGCUCCGUGCACUUGUGUAAUAACUCCAUUCAGAAGCGCUUGAGGCCCUUGCUACAGCGGCACAGAAGCAUUCCAGUAGGCAAUAUGUGGUCGGCUGACCAGUUCAAGACAUUUCUGUGCACCAAGGACCGGGAAGCUCAGUGGGAUACUGUAGUAGUCCCAGGAAUGAAGAGAGCUCUCAUCUAUGCGUUACAGACAGCACAGGAUCUGAUAGAGUCACGCAAAAACACAUUUGAGCUCUAUGGUGCUGAUUUCAUGCUAGAUCGUGACUUGCAUCCGUGGUUAUUAGAAAUCAAUUCUAGUCCCACCAUGGCUCCAUCAACCCCUGUGACAGCCCAUCUCUGUGCUGCAGUGCAGGAGGACACUUUACGAGUUGUUCUGGAUCGGAGAGUUAAGCGCACAGCAAACACAGGAGACUUCCAGCUCAUAUAUAAAAAGGCAGCUGUGAAAGUUCCUCAGUAUGUCCCUCAACACCUGUGUGUUGAGGGAUUCAGAGUUAAAUGCCCCUACUCGCUUCCUCCCCUGAAGUCCUCCAGCCGUGCAGUGCCAAAACACCGUUCCCCAUCAAAGACAAGAGUCCCUCAGCAGAAAAAGUAG